AGCUUGAAACCUUGAAACAUACAUCAAGAAAAUUGACAUCUAUUGAUAUAAUAGUAAAUGAAAGUUAUUUGCGUGCGUAAAAAUGCAUUACAUAUUAGUAUAUAUACAUGUACUUUUGUAAAGAACAAGAUGUAUAAGAUUAAUUUUUAUUAAAUUAUUUGAAUCUGUUAUAGAAGUAUUGUGUAAAGUUUCAUAUGGUAAUUAUUAAUACAAUUAUGGCAACUGAGAUGAAAGAUAAGUUAAUAAAAAAUGGUAAUCUACGUGCCAUAUUUUAUAAAAAACCUGUUAAAAAAGAUAAUUACAAUUUGGAUGUGGAUAACAUUGAUACUUUUCAAGAAAUAAGACGUCGACGGCUACUACAAUUUCAAAAAAAAUGUAGAGACACUGCAUUUAAUAUUGGAAGAGGAAUACUGGAAGAAGCAUUUAAUUCUGAAGAUGAAUAUGAGGAAGAAAUGGAAAUUCAAAAAAUUGAUAAAAAGGGAUAUUACUACUCUAAACGAAAUAAGAAUUAUGCAAAUCAAUUAAUGAUGUCUGAAUGGAUGUUGGAAGUACCUCAAGAUCUUGUAGGAAAGUGGAUUGUAGUACCAUGUCCUCAAGGAAAACGAACUUUAUUAGUUGCACGUAAAGGUAUAACUAAAGUAUAUAACAGACACGGUAAUAACCUUGGUAAAUUCCAUUCAGCACUUCCUGGUGGUAAUCCAUCUGAACAUAGAGGUAGCUGUACCAUUCUUGAUUGUUUAUGGAUAAAACAACAAAAAAUAUAUUAUAUCUUAGAUGUACUUGCAUGGUCCAAUCAGUCUUUAAUAAAUUGUGAUACUGAAUUUAGGUUCUUUUGGUUGAGAUCAAAGUUACAAGAAAUCGAAGAAUUACACAAAAGAGAUACAUAUAGAAAUAGUUUUCCUAUAUUGCCUUUACCAAAUAUCAGUUGUGAUACUGAUAUAAGUUUAGCAUUAGCAAAUCUUUCGAAUUUAUAUCCUUUAGACGGUUUAUUAUUUUACCAUAAAGAUGGACAAUAUACUAAAGGUCGUACCCCACUUGUAACAUGGUCAAAAACUUUUAUGUUACCUGAAAUACUUGGUAUUUCAGUACCACCACCACUUGAUGAACAACCUGAUGGAUACAUAGAUUUUGUACAUUAUAUCCUUAAUAAUAGAGCUAAAAAGAAGAAAGUAGAAUCAGAAAGCCAAAUGGAUAUUGUAGAUGAGAAUUCCUAGAACUUUAUUUUAUCUUAUUUAUAUGAACGAACUUCUUAAAAAAUGAAGUGACAUAUAAUCGACUUAUUGAAAAUGUUAAAAAUACUAUAUUUUACAAAUAUAAUUUACGUGCUAUACAAAUUAAUUGAUAAUAGUAUUCGAAAUCAAACAAUAAUGUUUUAUACAAUCUGUGAUAUUUGAAAAAAUUAUACCAAAUACGAAAUAAAUAUAUACAAUAUAUAAAGACUGCUUAUUGUUACAAAUAUUGUUAAACUAUGUUACUCAAGAUUUAAUGUGUGAAAUGUAUCAAGGGCUUUUUCAUUUAAAUAUAACAAAACGCGAUUCAUGGUA